AUGUCAGCCCUAGCCGUUGUUUCAUUUUUGGCCAUCUUAUUCAAUUCCUUUGCUGUUUCAUCAUCAACCACCCCUUUUAUUCUACUUCACGGACUUAAUAAUGCGUGCACUCAUCAAGAUGUGAAGAAUUUAACCGCGCAACUUAUCACUCACUCUGGAUCGCCAGGAUAUUGCGUAGAAGUUGGGAAUGGAGUACUUAGUUCAUGGUUUACGCCCAUGCAAAAACAAGUUGAAAUUGUGUGCAAUAAGGUGAAAAACAUGAAAGAAUUACAAAAUGGCUACAACAUUGUUGCUCUUUCUCAGGGCAAUUUAAUCAGUCGUGGUGUAAUACAAAUGUGUGACGGUGGACCUCGAGUCAAAAAUUAUGUCUCAUUGGCUGGACCUCAUGCUGGACUCGCUGCUCCUAUUCAUUGCGGUUCGGGUGGUUUUUGCAUUUUUGUUGACUGGCUAGUCAAAUCUGCUGUAUACACCAAAUUUGUGCAAGCUCAUUUGGCUAUUAGUGGUUACCUUAGGUUACCAAAUGAUAUGACUGGAUAUUUAAAUGGAUGUAAAUUUCUCCCUAUGCUUAACAAUGAAAUACCUAGUCAAAGAAACUUGACUUACAAGAGUCGGUUCACUAGCUUAGAAAACCUAGUACUUAUAAUGUUUGAGGAUGACCUAAUUCUAGUACCGAAGGAGACAUCAUGGUUUGGUUUUUAUCCUGAUGGGAAAUUUGAACCAGUUUUGCCACCUCAAAAGACAAAACUGUACGAGGAGGAUUGGAUUGGAUUAAAGAUGUUGGCAGACAGUGGAAGGGUGAAGUUUAUAAGUGUGGGUGGAGCUCAUAUUGACCUUUCGUUCGAUGAUAUGCUUCGUUAUGUUGUCCCUUAUUUGAAGGCAUAAAUCGUAAAAUACAAAGACUUAUUCAUUUAUCUAAUUAUUUCUC